ACUCCCAGACCCCGCGGGUGGGAGGGGUGGGUCUGGGAACGUUGCGGCGGCCGCGGCCGCAGCCCUAGCACCAGCACCCAGGGCUGUUCUAGGCGAGCCUGUGCGGGCGAGUCCUCCGCCGCCUGCUCCGGCCGCGACUACCCGGCCCUUAGAUGGUGGGUCCGGAGGAUGCCGGAGCCUGCUCGGGAAGAAAUGCCAAGUUGUUCCCGGUUCUGGCGCCGGAGCCCGUGGGCCAGGACGGGAAGAUGAUCCGGGCCACGGGCGGCUUUGGCGGAGGCGUCGGCGCUGUGGAGCCUCCCGAGGAGGCUGAGGAGGAGGAGGAGGAGGAGAAGACGCCGCCUCGGCAGCUGCUGCAGCGUUACCUCGAGGCGGCGGGGGAGCAGCUGGGUCCGGGGCUCUGCUACUGUCCCCUCCCCGCUGGCCCCCCGCGUUCCGGCGCUUGCCCGCCGGGAUCCGGCUCCAAGCACCGCGGCACGGAGGCGGCGGAUUCUCGCGCGCCGCGACACGGAGGCAUGACCAACGGGGACUCGGGCUUUCUGCUGGGCCAGGACUGUCGUGACCUGGAGGAGGCUCGAGGGCUUGCUCGCGCCGGCGGCCCGGAGGGCGCGCCCCUUUCCAGCUCGGCCGGGAGGACUAGUGGGGGUGUGGGCGCGGAGCCGAGCCACGGCUUCCCUGACGUCCACUUGAACUCUCGGAACACGUUCGAGGUGAGCCGCUGCCAGAGCCCCGGCGACCACUUGCCAUCGGUUGGGCCGCCGGUGCCCUCGCCCGCGGCAGAGCAGGGCCCCGCAGGGAUCUCGGCCCGGGCUCGACGGAGUGGUGGCUUCGCCGACUUCUUCGCCAGAAACCUUUUUCCAAAAAGAACAAAGGAACUCAAAUCAGUUGUCCAUAGUGCUCCUGGUUGGAAAUUAUUUGGUAAAGUCCCUCCCAGAGAGAAUCUUCAGAAAACUUCCAGAAUCAUUCAGCAGGAGUAUGAAGCACGAACAGGGAGGACCUGUAAACCACCACCUCAGUCUUCAAGACGAAAGAAUUUUGAAUUUGAGCCACUUUCUACCACUGCCUUGAUUCUUGAGGAUCGACCAUCAAAUCUUCCUGCUAAAUCUGUGGAAGAAGCUUUACGUCAUCGACAAGAAUAUGAUGAGAUGGUGGCUGAGGCUAAAAAACGAGAAAUUAAAGAAGCACAUAAAAGAAAAAGAAUAAUGAAAGAACGGUUUAAACAGGAAGAAAAUAUUGCAAGUGCAAUGGUAAUUUGGAUCAAUGAGAUACUGCCCAAUUGGGAAGUCAUGCGUAGUACAAGAAGAGUUCGAGAAUUGUGGUGGCAGGGAUUGCCCCCUAGUGUUCGUGGGAAAGUUUGGAGUCUAGCUGUAGGAAAUGAACUAAAUAUCACUCCUGAACUUUAUGAAAUCUUCCUUUCAAGAGCAAAAGAACGGUGGAAAAGCUUCAGUGAAUCAAGUUCAGAAAAUGAUACAGAAGGUGUAUCUGUUGCUGACCGAGAGGCCAGUCUGGAAUUAAUUAAGUUGGACAUAUCCCGUACAUUUCCAUCUCUCUACAUCUUUCAGAAGGGUGGCCCAUAUCACGAUGUUUUACAUAGUAUCUUAGGGGCAUAUACAUGUUACAGACCUGAUGUUGGUUAUGUCCAAGGGAUGUCUUUCAUCGCAGCAGUGCUCAUUCUCAAUUUGGAAGAGGCAGAUGCUUUCAUUGCAUUUGCAAAUCUCCUGAAUAAGCCAUGUCAAUUGGCUUUUUUUCGUGUGGAUCACAGCAUGAUGUUGAAAUAUUUUGCAACAUUUGAAGUUUUCUUUGAAGAAAAUCUAUCCAAACUAUUUCUUCAUUUCAAGUCUUAUAGUCUUACACCAGACAUAUACUUGAUAGACUGGAUCUUUACACUCUAUAGCAAGUCACUACCACUUGAUCUGGCCUGUCGAGUCUGGGAUGUAUUUUGCAGAGACGGAGAGGAAUUUUUAUUUAGGACUGGAUUAGGAAUCCUCCGAUUAUAUGAAGAUAUUCUCCUACAGAUGGAUUUUAUUCAUAUAGCACAGUUUCUAACUAAAUUACCAGAAGAUAUCACAUCAGAAAAGCUCUUCAGUUGUAUUGCAGCCAUUCAGAUGCAGAAUAGCACCAAAAAAUGGACUCAGGUCUUUGCAUCUGUUAUGAAGGAUAUUAAAGAAGGAGACAAGAACAGCAGUCCUGCUCUGAAAAGCUAAUCUUGAAAAUUAACAGACUAACUGAAAUAUAAAAAAUGUGGGUUUUUUUUUUUUCCGGGAAGUGGGGUGGGUGAAAGUUUUCUGUGUUCUAUGUAAAAAGCAUGAAAGAAAAUUAUUGGAGAAUCUAAAAAAAUCAAGAGGUGGAAACUGCUGAUUUUAAAUUCCAUGACUGAAGCAAAGGAAAUAAGGAAUUUAUUAACAGUAUUAAUAAAAAAAAGUAUUUUGUAGGGAAAGCCAUUUUUCAGAGGAAAAAGUCUAAAUGGUUAUUACAUACUCCAUAAUUUGGAGUAAACAGUUUAAUGCAAUAAAUUUUUAAAAUAGCUUCAAAGAUACUUCAAAUUUUUAUAUCUUUUCUUUUUUAACAAUUACCACAAAGGCACUAUGGAGGUCACUUGGGAUUGUUAAAUACUAAUUUAACCUCUGAAAUACUAUAGUAUGGUAUUAUCUCCAGUUCUGACCUUUUGCAGAUAUUUUAGACCAAGAAUUAGCAACUUUGAUUGUAAACUAAGUCACUGAAAUUGUUUAUCUUUGUUCACAGGUUGGGGCAAAUUUAAAUUAUCUGGGAACUGGAACAUUAGUAGGAGAUUGUUUCUUGUUUAAGUGUUUUCCCACAGUAUUGUGUCUAUUUGUUUUUGAUGGGAAAUUCUGUUUUCUUCCUUAAAGAAUUCUUACCAUUCAAAUAACUUUAGUCUUUCUGUUCUAGUAUAACAAAUUGUUCACCUAGUAAUUUAACAUUAAGAAAACUAAAUAACUGAUAAGAAGGAAGUUCUUUGCACUUUAAUGGACUGAAGACUUGACUUUGGGAUUAAAGUCCAAAAAUAUAAAUGAGAUUUUUCACUGGUUAGAGUAAAAAUUAAUGAAUUCUGAGAGUUCUUAAAUAGCAUACUACUUGAUAAGACUUUAAAAUUUUUAGUUAAAAUUCCUCCUCUCUCUGUAGAAACAAAAUUUGUUAAUUCCAGUUUGAAAAUUGAAAUCUUAUAUGUAGCUAAGUUUAUUCCUUGUGAAACACUAUGCAUAAGGUGUUUUUUUUAAUCAGUGAAAAUAAGAGUAAAAGAAAAAGGUAAAAAUAAUUUUUUGAAUCUGAUGGCAUAGCAGAUAAAUUAUUAAUCAUUGAUAAAUUGGCAUUAAAUUUUUUAUGUUUAAUUUUCAAACCUGGACUAAAUCACUUGAGUUUUAUGAGUAUAACAUACUAUUCAGUUAAUAAUUUGUAAUGUUUUAUGUUGAGUUUGGUUUGAAAGAAAACCUAAGCACACUAUUUCUGUUAGUGGUAUAUUUAUAGUCUUUAAACUAACAAAUCUGAGAGUCUUGUUAGUGUAGUGACUGCCUCUUUAGAAGUAUGGGACCAGAGAGUAUCGGUAUAUUUUACCCUAUGGGUCCUUCUAGCCUAGAGAUUACUAGUGGAAUCCUCAGAAAUUAACCCCAUCAUAGGGGCUGGCUUGGUGGAAACUGGUAGUUUAAUAAAAUAUUAAGGGAGUACCCAGAGUCUUAAUAGGUUUCAGGAUGGCCUUGUAAGUCUGGUAACUAUUUCCUUGGUAUUGGUGACCCUAAUAAAGGGGAUGUAACCUCUGGCUGUAAUCUCAUUGAGAUUAUACUACCUGCCUAAAUUUAAUCUUACUUUUAUGCAUUCAUUUCCUGAAUUGGACCUAAGUUACUGUAUUUCUUUUUCUUAUUUUUUUAUUAUUGUACAGUUUGUUUACCUUUCAAGUGUAAAUGUAUAUAUACAUAUAUAUAAUGUAAAUACAAGGAUUUCACUAAAAACCACUAGUAACAAUUACCAUGUAAAUAAAACUUGCAAGCAGAGUAACUACUUGAAAUGAGUCUUCAUUACUUUGGGAAUAUCUGGUUUAGUUAACCACAUCUGGAGAAGAAAAGGAAUAUACAUCUUUGGGGAAGAAAGGCCAAGUUUCUCUUCCAAGGGAUGCACUUAGACUUCAGUCUUGAGACUUUCAGUACUGGCAGCUAAAAUACUGUACUGUAUCUCCUUUCUUUGAACCUUGUAUACAGGCAAUAUGUGGUUAUUCACAUGGUCAGUGUACAGCAGUUUGUUUUUUGAUUGAAAUAUUUGUGCAAUUAAAAGUAACUUUUCUUAAAAUA